CCCUGUUAAUUUCAGAGGUAUGUUAAAAAGGAUACACUUGCUGUUAGCAUUUGCUGUGUGUAUUCACGAAGUGAUCGGGAGGCCACAUCAUUUGUACGUCAGUCCAAAUGGAUCAGACCAAAAUGAUGGUUUUUCAGAUAAAAAACCAUUCAAAACCAUAAGUCAUGCGAUCGAGACGUCUAAGGACAACGCAUACAACGGUUCUACCAUGUAUAUUGAAUUGAUGCCUGGCUACCAUAACCUUGAAAGCACAUUGGUAAUUAAAAGGCCAAAUCUCGUCAUCCGGUCUUAUAGGCGUCAAGAAGUUCACGUGACUGGAGGGCGCAGGAUCCCGUUCAGCCUGGUGCAUCCAGUAACAGAUAAAGCAAUUCUGUCCAGAUUACCAGUUAAUGCAAGGCCUCAUGUUCGAGUUGUUGAUCUCCAUGACAUGAACAUUACAGACUAUGGUAAAAUGGAGAGCUAUGGCACGAAUCAUCACCGUAAUUCUCCCCUAGAACUCUUUUUCAACGGUCAGCCACUGCAUUACACAAGAUGGCCAAACGAAGGGUUUCUUGAUAUAAUCAGCUUUCCGGAUGGUGUCAAGGGUACACGUUUUCGUUACAAUUCUACGGUACCACGAUCUUGGCAUAAUGAAAAUGAUCCUUGGGUAUACGGAUACUGGUUUGCAGGUUGGACUGAUGAAGCAGUUAAAGUAAAAUCUCUAGAUGCCACCAAUGAGAUCGUUACUUUAGAAAGAAAACCGGUUAUUGGAUUCAGGGUAGAAGGUAUUAUCAAAGCUAAAUGA